UUCCUCCGGCAGCGGCAGGAGGGUCGGAUCCCCGGACGCCGCGAUGAUUGAGGGCUGCGGCGGCGGAGAUCCGGUCGAAGAUUUCCUCAUCGGAGGCGCCGGCGACGACGGGGAGGACCUCGCCGCCUUCUGCGACGGAGGACUUGGGAUUGAGGAUGUAAGUGGAGAUGCAUGCGGUCUUGAGCAUUCUAAUUUGGGUAAAAGAGGUAGAGAUGAACCAUCUUCAUCUGGUCCAAAGUCCAAAGCUUGCCGUGAGAAAAUGCGGAGGGAUAAACUGAAUGAUAGGUUUCUUGAAUUAUGUGCUGUUAUGAAUUCUGGCCAGCACGGGUCUGCCGAAGUAUGUUCAGCGAGCAAGCAGGCUAAGUUGGAUAAAGCAAGUAUCUUGAGUGAUGCAGCUCGUAUGUUGACACAACUCAGAGGUGAGACAGAAAAGCUUAAAGAAUCAAAUGAGAAUCUACGAGAGGCAAUCAAGGACCUUAAGGUAGAGAAGAAUGAGCUCCGAGAUGAGAAGGUGAGCCUGAAGGCUGAAAAAGAGAAGCUGGAACAGCAAAUCAAGGCAGCAAGUGUUGCUCCUACAGGAUUUAUUCCUCACAUGCCUCAUCCAGCAGCAUUCCACCCCGCUGCAUUUCCUCCAUUUGCACCACCUUACCAAGUUCCAACCAACAAAGGCGCUCCAAUGCCUGCUGCGUUCCCUGGAAUGGCAAUGUGGCACUGGCUGCCCCCGACUGCCGUGGACACAACCCAAGAUCCAAAGCUUUGGCCGCCGAAUGCCUAAGUGCAACGGAGGUGGGAUGCUGACUAACGCUGCCACUCGCCCAUUGGCAAGUCAGGACGUCUGUUAGAUCCCUCGAGAUGAAAGGAAGCUCGUGAUUGUUGUUCUUGUAUGCAUAGCUGUUGUUUUGGGCAGCUCUGUUAGGGUCCCUUGUCCCGUAUAGGGGUGAUACCUGUAAUUAAUCAGAAUCUUAACCCUCUUGCUUGGCCAAUCUUUCAUUGCUCCCAUGUCUCUUGUAUGAGUAUAAUAGUAUAAGUAUGGAAGAGCACUGAUUUAUUUCUUAUGUUUGUACUUAAGACAGUGUCUUUUAGUGUUGACUUUGGCAAUACCUCUUUUGUUUAUA